AUGGAUUUGGUAGAUAGCAACCUGAUACUGUACCGUACUGGUCGGUAUACAGGGACGGGAUGAUCUAGAAUGGACGGAUGAAAUGCUUUAAAUGUAACGUAUCGGUGGAUUUCGCUACUCUUCCAUUAUCAAAUGAGUCCGUUGUUAUUAGGAUAGAAUGUGUGUAGUCCUAACGGUUAAAUAGACUAGAUGAGCUAUGACUGGAGAGCUAAAUACGGAAAAUGAAGAGACCCAACGGAAUGGUGGCAGAUUUGGUGCGUUACAACACUGUCUUGUGGGACGUUUGUGAUGGAGCCGUUUUACUUUUUCACUAAAACAAGCAGAUGUAAGAAUGCGUAACAGUACUUUAAUGGUUGGAAGUAAUGUCUAAACAUUUUGGCUAAAUAUUAAUGUAUUUUCGGGUUCUGCUUGCUCACUAACAUCAGAUAAUAAUCUCGGGUAUACAAGCGUAGACUACAUUUAGCUGGCAUGCCAAGUGUGUGAAUAGGAGGAACUUUAAAAUAUCUAUCCCGCCAUUGUGCCCUUGGGUAGGGCGCUUAACCUAUAACCUGCUCCAGAGCCGCUGUACGGCCACUGACCGACCCGUGCCUCUCUCAACGUGUGUUUCUACACCGAGGAGGAUUUGGAAAGGCAGAAGACAACUUUCCUGUUGAAGUUUCACCCAACAAUGGACGACACGAUUAUAUUCUACUCUGUUCUGUUGUCGUAGAACACCGCAGUUCAAAAUGAACGUGUUGAAAAUGAGGAAAACCGUAUUAAAAGAAGCGGUUAAACGCUUUCCGUGGCUAGCCAACGUUACUCUGUAUGGCUGCCUGUUUGCCGGCGGCGACUUCGUUCAUCAGAUGAUCGCACAAAGAGAAGAGAUGGACUGGAAACACACCAGAAAUGUUGCCAUAGUGGCCAUCAGUUUCCAUGGAAACUUUAAUUAUUUCUGGUUGCGGGCUUUGGAAAGCCGUUUCCCGGGAAAAUCUCCCGGAAUGCUCUUCCGCAAACUGCUCCUGGACCAAAGUUUUGCAUCACCCUUGGCAACGAGUGUCUUCUACACAGGAGUGAGUUUCUUGGAGAAUAAAGACGAUGUCUUCGAGGACUGGAGAGAAAAGUUCCUCAACACGUACAAGACUGGACUCAUGUACUGGCCUUUCAUGCAGUUCCUAAACUUCCUCCUGAUGCCUCUGUACCUGAGGACAGUCUUCAUGGGCUGCUGUGCGUUCCUGUGGGCCACCUUCCUGUGUUUCUCCCGGCAGAGCGGGGACGGUACGGCCAGCGUGGCCCUCGCCUUCGUCCUGUAUCCCAAACAGAGGCUGCAGGCCGCCCGGGAGGCCCACCUCGCACGCAGGAAACAGAAAGAAGAGGAAGAACAGCAGCGGAGCACUGACAACUAACUGAAUUGGUUCAAUGAGAAUGGAUUCAGGAAACAGGAAACAGAAGAGGACCUGAGCACUGAAAACUGAACUGCUAAAAUGUUAUUUCAAAUGAAUUUCAACAAAACGUUAUAUCUCCCUGUCUCCAAGGGCAACAAGACAAGGAACGAGGGCGUGGUUCAGGCUCUCACACCUUACAAAAAAACACAGUGAGAACUUAAUCAGUUGGAUUGAAUAUAACUUUAUUGAUAUCCUCAGGGGCAAGGAGGAGUGAAUAUAACUUUAUUGAUAUCCUCAGGGGCAAGGAGGAGUGAAUAUAACUUUAUUGAUAUCCUCAGGGGCAAGGAGGAGUGAAUAUAACUUUAUUGAUAUCCUCAGGGGCAAGGAGGAGUGAAUAUAACUUUAUUGAUACCCUCAGGGGCAAGGAGGAGUGAAUAUAACUUUAUUGAUAUCCUCAGGGGCAAGGAGGAGGCAUUGUUGGAGCACAGUUAUAUCAUUUAAGCCUACUGUACAUAUACAAAUACAUUCAUCUAAUACUAUGCCAGCAACACGUAAAGUGGGCCUAAUACCGCCAUCUAAUACUAUGCCAGCAACACGUACAGUGGGCCUAAUACCUCCAUCUAAUACUAUGCCAGCAACAUGUACAGUGGGCCUAAUACCUCCAUCUAAUACUAUGCCAGCAACAUGUACAGUGGGCCUAAUACCUCCAUCUAAUACUAUGCCAGCAACACGUACAGUGGGCCUAAUACCUCCAUCUAAUACUAUGCCAGCAACACGUACAGUGGGCCUACAUUACAAACGUUACAUCACUGAUUCAAUUCAACACAACUUUAUCAAUCCCGUCAAGGGCAACCCAGAAAGCACAGUCGGACACGGAACACAUUACUUCCAGACAUUCAGACUGUACAGGUGUAGAAGUGCAAUACAUUACGUGAAACAGAACAAGUUACUCUGAGACGCUUGAUACAUACAUCUACGGCCCCUGGAGUUGUUUGUAAGACAAACAUGUUGGGUGGAUGAGAGAGGAGGUGUUAGAUGUUGUGAUUACAGGGAUGUUCCUCAGGAAGAGGUGGUGUUAGAUGUUGUGAUUGCAGGGAUGUUCCUCAGGGAGAGGUGGUGUUAGAUGAUGUGAUUACAGGGAUGUUCCUCAGGGAGAGGUGGUGUUAGAUGUUGUGAUUACAGGGAUGCUCCUCAGGGAGAGGUGGUGUCAGAUGUUGUGAUUAUAGGGAUGUUCCUCAGGGAGAGGGGGUGUCAGAUGUUGUGAUAACAGGGAUGUUCCUCAGGGAGAGGUGGUGUCAGAUGUUGUGAUUACAGGGAUGUUCCUCAGGGAGAGGUGGUGUUAGAUGUUGUGAUUACAGGGAUGUUCCUCAGGGAGAGGUGGUGUUAGAUUUUGUGAUUACAUGGAUGUUCCUCAGGGAGAGGUGGUGUUAGAUGUUGUGAUUUGCAGGGAUGUUCCUCAGGGAGAGGAGGUGUCAGAUGUUGUGAUUACAGGGAUGUUCCUCAGGGAGAGGUGGUGUUAGAUGUUGUGAUUUGCAGAGAUGUUCUUCAGGGUGUGUAUUUGAUGUUCAUGUAUAUAUUUAAAAUGUGUUUAUUCUAUGCUCUCAAUUUCUAUGUCCCAUCGGUUGUGCCUUCUGUUGGUAACAAGAGCCCUUCAUGUUCUGGUCUAGAUUUAGUUUGUUCUUACUCAGAGAAACUGUGUGUGUUUUUGUGGCUUUUUGUGUGUGUGUGUGUGUGUGUGUAUGUAUG